AUGUAAUAAAUUUUAUUAUUUUUAAUUUUAAUUACAUUUUCAUUAUCUAUAAUUAUAAGAGAAUAACUUAAUCUCAAAUAUAUAAACGACAUAACAAAAAUAAAGUCAACAAUAGAAGAUUAAUCAAGUUAAUAUCAUCAUUCUGCUUAUAAUAGAUUGGCAUAUAUAGUAGAUACAUACGGACCAAGAUUAUGGGGAUCUGAUGUAUUAGAAGCUGCAAUAAUGGAUUUUUAUUAAUAAAUAUAAUAAGAAAAAAUAGACGUAAAAUUAGAAAAAGUUUCCAAUUUUACGAAAUGGGAAAGAGGAAAUGAGAAUUUAACUCUUUUUGAACCACGUCUUCAUCCUUAAAAACUUAAUUUCAUAGGAUUAGGUUUGAGUGUACCUGGAAAUGUUACUGCAGAAGCAUUUUUAGUUACAUCUUUUGAAGAUUUAGAAAAAAAUAAAGAUAAAGUUAAUGGAAAAAUUGUAAUUUAUGCAUUUCCAUGGGUAGAUUACCCAACUACGGUUCAGUUUAGAACUUCUGGUGCAUCCUAUGCUGCUAAAUAUGGUGCAGUAGCUGUAUUAAUAAGAAGUAUAACUCCGUUUAGUAUUAAUUCACCACACACAGGUGCUAUGUAAUACAAAGAGAAAGAUGAACAUGGUAAUCCGAUACCUAAAAUCCCCGCAGGUUCCAUUACGGUAGAAGAUGCCGAAAUGUUACUAAGAAUGUAGAAAAGAGGUUAAAAUAUAAGAAUAAACCUAUAUAUGGAAAACAGAUAAGUACCGAACUGUGAAUCUUUUAAUGUAGUUGCUGAAUUAAAAGGUACUGAGUUUCCUGAAGAAAUAAUAGUUUUAGGAGGUCAUAUAGAUAGUUGGGAUGUUGGAAGUUAAACUGGUGCAAAUGAUGAUGGUGGUGGUUUUAUUACUACUUUUGAGGCUUUAAGAAUUAUAUAAAAAUUAGGACUUUAGCCUAAAAGGACUAUCAGAUUUGUAGCUUGGAGUGGAGAAGAAUAUGGAGGAAGUAAUAGUGGAGGAAGUUAAUAUGCUUAAUUACAUAAAGGAGAAAAUGUAAUUUUGGCUUUCGAAAAUGAUAUGGGAUCUAGAACUUCUAUAGGGUGGGGAUUUAAUGCAAAAAAUAAUACUUAAAGCUAACGUUUGAAAGAUUUACUAUAAAAAUAUAUGAAAAAUAUUUAUGGAUUAACUAAAGUUUUUGAUGGAGAAGGGGAAAUGGUAGAUACAAGCUGGCUUGGAGCUCCUAUGAUUAGAAAUAUUGCUGAUGAUACUAAAGAUAAUAAGUAUUAUUUCACUUAUCAUCAUUCGGCAGGAGAUACUAUGAGUAUUAUGGAUCCUGAUUAGUUAGAUUAGAAUGUUGUAGGAAUCGCAUCUCUUGUUUAUUUGGUUGCAUAGGAAGGAAUUUGAAUAUUUUUUAUUGAAAACUAUAUGUUAUUAUUAUAAUUGUUAUUUUUUAAAAAUAUAAAUAAAGUUAAAAUAUUUU